GGCUCAGUCGACCAAUGCAACUCCGAUAGUGUAGAUUUCUAUCCGUGCUCCGUGCCACAGCGCUUGUAAAGCGACUGUGGUGCGGGCACGUUGCUUGCCUGAGACAUCCUGAGACCAGGAGUACCAUGGGCAUCACCAGCAGCUUUUGCUGCACAGAUCGCAGUGGUACCCGGAGGAAAAGCCAACCACUCAGCUCAUGUUAUGUUGACUUCCACAAACCUGCUGAAGCGACCCAACAGGGUGGUGCUCAGGCACGCCUCUUUCGCUUGCUGCCUGUGGUGGGAAACAACUCCAAGGGGCGCAGGCCCCUGGGCAGCGGUGGACCAGAGUGGCUGGGCAAAGAUGUCACCAGCAGCUUCAACGAGGUAGACUUUUACAACGAGAUCCUCCAUAUGCGGCGCCUGUUGCAGCAGGAUCCACCUCUUCAGCCAGUGCUGCCGAAACUGGGGCAGCAGGUGAAAGAGGAAGAUCUCAGUCAGACAGGUCCAUGGGGCAUUGUGGACUUUAUGGUCAGUUAUCAUGGGCUUGCCCGGUCCUGCACAUGCUCAUGGGUUGCAGACGGUCGUGAGCGACAACGUGUGGCUGACUUGCUGGUCUUCCGGAGCCCCUUUGAGGGACUAGCGCGACCUCGGAUGCUUCAUUUAGAGUUGGGUCCUAGAAGCUUGGCCCUUCAGGCACGUCAUGAGAAUCAGAUCUCCACAGGCAUCCUUGCGCGCCAGGAAGGGAUCUUCGUUGAUGGCUUCCUUUCACCACCGGAGAGCAUCUCCAGCGAAGGCCCUACUUUGGACCUACGAGGCUGGUCCUGGGGCGACAAUACGCAACGACGAGCCAAGCGGCUUCCGCUUCAACGGAUGCAACUCUCCCAGGCGCUCAGUAGCCUCUUGGAUUUACGAGCGGCUAUUGCAGAGGAGCGUUUUUGGCCGAGCGAGGACAGCUUUGUCCCUGCACGACCUGGAGCUCGAGGUGCGGAUGCAUUCCUUCACAACUUCCUAUGUGCGGCUGAAUAUUCAGAGCUGGCCUUGCUGGCAUUUGUGUGCGAGCUUUCACGGCUGCUGCGAGCAUGCGAGGAGGUACCAGUGCCACAGAAAUGGGUGCAAAGCUCCCUGGCAUUGCUGGUGGAGGCGGGGGUCGCUCCACCACGGCGCGGGCCCAUCCAGCCUGAGACGUGGGUGACUUCACGAGUGAAGAUUCAGAUCCUUGGCUGGAGCAAGAGCAGCCUGAGCCUGCCGGGCUCGACCACGCAGGAUGAGCGCCAGGACAACGAGCUUCCAUGGCAGAUCUACCAGCACCAUGUUGGCAGAGUUUUGUGGGAGUCUGCGCGGCUCUAUUUCCAUAGCUUCUGCGCUGAGGAGUGGGUGAAGUUCACAGUGCAGCUUUGCGAGGUGUCCAAAGGUGGAAGCAGCCUCCUGGGCACUGCAGAGCUGAGCAGCUUCGGCGCCUGUGAGUCACGUACUCUCAAGCUACACAAAGGAGACACACCUCUCACCAACAGUAUGGGGCGGCCCACACAGGUAGUGGUGACCUUGAAGUUCUUGCCCUUGCCAGAGCCCUCGAACUUCACUGGACUUUGGCAAGCUCAGGUGGAGCGUGCCGAACAUGUGGAAGUUGGAGCUGAUAGUCUUUGUGUGAUGCUUACAGCUACGAGCCGCCAACAUAGCAUGAGCCACAGGACCCGAGAGGUGCCAAAUGCGGCGGAGGUGUCCUGGAACGAGGAGUUCGAAUUCCCCAUCAUUCCGGUGGAUCGAUUGCUUUCCCCCCGCCGCCCUGAAGGUGGGAAAGGAAGCUGCUUCCGGUCAGCGACUUUUGGAGGCCUUGGGACAGCCGACAAAGAGCAUCACACAAGAGGCUCUGACAGAAAGCAUGGGUUUGAAGGGAGGCUUGGCGAGGCAUUUGCCGCCGUUGGUCUUCGAAGAGGGCAAGAAGGAAGAUCCACGAGCUGCCAGCGCUGGACAAGUGGCUUUCAUCGCCGAGUUGCGUUCCGGCUGGUAUGAACCUCGGUGUGGUUUGCUGGACAACAACUACUGAGCGCCACGGGUGAUUCUUAAGGCGGCAGUGCUCGGCCCACGUAACGUAUGCGGAAAGGAGCUUUGACCAUCCAGGACCUCCCCGUUUCGUAGACGUUCCACGUUCAGUAAGGCUUUGUCACAAAUGUGAACUGGGAAAGUCCGUGUUGACCGGUGUUGACCAUCCUUGACCGGAAACGGACAGGGCUUACUUCAACCGAGCGACUUCGCUCAAGGCGAAUUUUGCUGUGAAUAUUAGUAGAUCGUAGCUGCCGCCCACUGUCUUGCGCUGCGUGAAAUUAAAGUGGGCAGAAAGGCCAUGAAAGAUUUGUGCGAGCGGGUCCUAUCUUAUGUUGGAAUUGUUGACUCUCUCGACU